AUGGCGGGAACCGUUUGUAGAAGAUUCAAUGUCAAUGGGCAUGAAAAUAUCUCCACAAGCAUUGAAGUAAACUGGACAAACAACAUCACAGCCUUUGACUCCUCUAGUAACAGGACAGCAGAAGUACUGGACAAAUACAUUAUCUAUGUGUUGGAGAUCUUCACCAACUGUGUUCUCCUCAACAUAAUCUCCUUAUUUGGAAUUAUUGGUAACAUCAUUAACAUCAUCGUUCUCUGGAAGCACGGAUUUCGAGAAACGACCAACAUUCUCCUUAUUUCUUUGUCCGCCUUUGAUCUUAUGUGCAGCAUCAUUCUUCCAGUGACUAGACUGAAGUAUAUCGUGAGCCAAUUCGAUGAGGGCUUGGCUAUUUCCUUCAACACCUUUGCUACCGUAUACCUGUUCAUGCCCAAGUAUGCCUGUUUGGCCACUAGUUUUACUUAUGUUACAAUAAUUGCAGUCGAGCGGUUUACUGCUGUAUUCUUUCCGUUUAAAGUUUCCCGCAUCUUUAGUAGUUCCAACACAAAAGUCAUAGCAGCAGUCACUCCAAUGUGUUGCCUCCUUGCCUUGUCUCCAACAUUUUCCGCUCUGACAUACAGAUGGAACUUCGAUGCCAGAUUCAACGAGACAACAGCAGUUCUUGAAUACACUCAGUUUUAUCGUGAAAAUCACGAUUUCUUGGACUUGUAUGUUUGGGUGGGACUCAACAAUUUCUUCGGCAGCUCUAGCAAUGUGAUUAUUACUUCCUGUUGUGUAUCCAUCCUUGUGAAACUAUCUCGAGUCACCGCAAAGAGAGAAGCAUUGACAUCACGGAAAACAGGAUAUGACGUCCGAGUGGUCAAAAUGUUGGUCACCGUCUGUGUUGUGUUUCUGGCCGCCUCCACGCCCAACAUUGUCUUGUAUUCAUAUUUCGCACCAAACUAUAUUUUCGUCUCUCCAGUGAAUGAACUUGUCGACAAUAUUUGCGUUGUUUUUUACGCGGUCAACGGUUCAGCAAAUUUCUUAGUCUAUGUCACCAUGUCCAAGAAAUUUGCGAACACUUACAAGAUGCUUAUGUCUUGCAGCAAGACCUGA